CGCACAGCACCUCUCUGGACCACAGAUGGGGCGCGAGGAGGAGGACGCAGUGGAUGGGGCAAGUCUCAGGCUGAUCACUUUACAGUAAAUUAACUCAUUGUCACUGUACAGGCGAUGGACCGCUAACAUUGCGCGCGCAUAACUUCACCGCCAUGACUUGUAGCCUCCUCGCAGUUUUCUCAAUGCUCUUGGCGUUUACUUGAGGUCACUUUGAGCUGUCAUUUCGGGAAGUGAUGCCAGUCCAGUAGCGGGUCGCUUUUUAGAGCUCCGCUGUGCUUUUGGAUUCAGUGCAUGCGAUUUUGGUGUAGUUUGGAAUCAAGUUUAGUUCUUAACAAUGUCAGGUAAAAUGCGCGUUUUAAUGCAGCAUACAAAGCGUCCGAGUGAUUCAAAUUUCUACUUUAGCGACUUGAUUUACAGAUAACUGUUAUAUUGUGCUAAAGAAUCAGGCCAGCUGCAGAGCCCAGUGAUGCUAAACUUGUAAUCCUAAGCCGGAUGACUACUUCCAAACUUCUUACGUAGUUUGAGGUGCACACUGAAAGAUGUUAGGAAGCCCGUCCAACAACGGCGGCAUCAGGAUGCUUGCUCCUCCAGCUCCAAACGAUGACAGGCGGGUGGAGUUCGUCGCUCUGACCGCUGUCCACACUGAGAGAAGCGAACCAUCCACCCCGGAGCGAGGCCACCCGUCUCACCGCACCGGUCUGCUUGGGACCCCGCUGCCCGGACCCCCAGGACCUCGGGCCAGCACCUCCGCAUCCAGCAAGAGAUACAGAAAGUUACAGAACUGCCUGUACAACGUGCUGGAAAGACCACGAGGAUGGGCGUUUAUUUACCACGCGUUUAUUUUCUUGCUGGUGUUCAGCUGCCUGGUGCUGUCUGUCUUCUCCACCAUCCCAGACCAUCAGAAAAUGGCCAACCAGGGUCUCUUCAUCCUCGAGUUUGUGAUGAUUGUGGUAUUCGGUCUGGAGUACUUUAUCAGGAUCUGGGCGGCCGGCUGCUGCUGCAGAUACAGAGGAUGGCAGGGCCGCCUGAGAUUCGCCAGGAAGCCCUUCUGUGUCAUAGAUUUCAUUGUAUUUGUGGCGUCAUUGGCAGUAAUAGCAGCUGGGACACAGGGUAACAUCUUUGCCACCUCAGCACUGCGAAGUAUGCGUUUCCUGCAGAUCUUACGUAUGGUUCGUAUGGACAGGCGAGGAGGCACCUGGAAACUACUGGGCUCAGUGGUGUAUGCUCACAGCAAGGAGUUAAUAACGGCCUGGUACAUAGGAUUCCUGGUCCUGAUCUUUGCCUCGUUCCUGGUCUACUUGGCAGAGAAAGACAAUAACUCAGACUUCAACACCUAUGCAGACUCCCUCUGGUGGGGGACUAUUACGCUGACCACUAUUGGCUAUGGUGACAAGACCCCAAGGACGUGGCAGGGACGCCUCCUGGCAGCGGGCUUUGCUCUUCUCGGGGUCUCCUUCUUCGCCCUUCCCGCUGGGAUUCUAGGGUCAGGAUUUGCUCUGAAAGUCCAAGAGCAGCACCGUCAGAAGCACUUUGAGAAAAGGAGGAUGCCCGCUGCAAACCUUAUACAGGCGGCAUGGCGACUCUACUCCACAGAUGCCAAGCACUCAUAUCUAACAGCUACAUGGUACUUCUAUGACAGCAUGCUACCCUCAUUCAGAGAACUGACGCUACUGUUCAGUCAUCUUCAGCGACAACGUAACAACAAGAAGGUUCUUCACAACUCCUACCACACGCUCCUGUCUGGGCUGCGGCCCUACAGCUCCCCUUACCUGUCGGGGGACAGUGGGAAAAUGGGUUUCCGGGAUCGUAUCAGGAUGAACAAUUCGCGAUCAUCUCAGGCUCUCCGGAAUAAAGCGUCCCCACUGCCUCCGAGCUCCGGGGUGCGGCACUCACCGAGUCAGGAGAACGUCCCAGAGGCCACCAGCCCAGGGAAGGUCCAGAAAAGCUGGAGCUUUAAUGACCGCACACGAUUUCGCACUUCACUUCGACUCAAGCCACGCCCACCUGCUGAUGUGGAGGGGGUUGGUGAGGACAAUGUAGAGGACAAGUCGUAUUGUGAUGUGGCCAUGGAUGAGGUCAUCCCUGCAGUGAAGACUCUCAUACGAGCUGUCAGGAUUUUAAAGUUUCUGGUGGCCAAGAGGAAGUUCAAGGAGACACUGCGUCCGUACGAUGUAAAGGACGUGAUAGAGCAAUAUUCAGCUGGACACCUGGACAUGCUUGGACGCAUCAAGAGCCUGCAAACACGGGUGGAUCAGAUAAUAGGACGAGGGGCUGUGCCAACAGACAAGAAAGCUCGCUCUGAAAAGGGAGAGAAGACACCUCCUGAGCUGGACCCUUUGGAUGAGCUAAGCAUGAUGGGACGUGUAGUGAAAGUAGAGAAACAGGUGCAGUCCAUAGAGAACAAACUGGACGCUCUGCUGAACUUCUAUUCCCAGUGCCUGAAGAAAGGCUCCUCCCACUUCACGCUGUCCUCACUGCUCGACCCAGACCUCACCUCAGACUACCAUAGCCCCACAGACCAAAAAGACCUGUUCCCCUCAGCCAACACCCUCAACAUAUCCCAGUCUGAGAGCGGCAACCUGGAAUGACGGCGGUCUGCACAGAGGUUGUCACAGCUGAACACACAGACAGGACACAAACUGGGGACUGUCUGUUCCUCAUUUACAAAACUCAGCAGUGAAUGGUGCUUUUGGUCUGCUCUAAAUGUUCACCUGAUCAAUUUCAGGUGAGAUGUGUUUCCAUCAGAGGCCACUAGAUGGAGCCUCAGCCAAAGCUCACUGCAUAUGCCUCUCCCAGAGACAAGUACACACUAGGAGACAUAUGACUACUGACUUUCAACCCACUCCACAUCACGCAACGCCCAUGUCCAGCUUCAACUGUAGAUAGGUAGACUGUAUCUUUUUGUAAAUGUUUAGAGAGUCUAUGUCUUUUAUCACUGCUUUCUCGGCUGCUUAAAUCUACGGACUCCUGAGAGUUUGCAAGUGCCAUGACAGUGUUAUUUUUCUUCAGUAUUUUUGCCACUUACUUGAAAGGCAUCAAAACUUUAAUACUGUGA